UCAUUUAUACACAUAUGGACAUUGAUUUACUAGCAGGUUGAAAACUAAAAGUAAGAUGAUAUGUUAAGCAUUUAGGCCAUUUUUAUGAGAUUUUAAACAGAGUUUUUGUGGUAUCGUACAGGGUAACUCCUGUAAAUAUAUUAUGUAAUUGUGAUUUUCUUAUUACAUUGAUUGUGAUAUUAAACAUUUAUAUUGCUUGCUAAAAAUAUCUCUUCUAGAGGUAAUAUAGCCUAGGACGCGUAAAAUUCUGCUCCGGUAGGGCCACUGUUCUGCAGAGUGUAGCUCCAAAACACCUGUCUGGAAAUCCUGAAGACAUUAAUUAGCUGGUUAAAGAGGACCUAGUAGGCCCUUUUUUACAAGAUGUAAUAUAAGUCUCAGGUGUCCCCAGAAUGUGUCUGUGAAGUUUCAGCUCAAAAUACCUCACAAAUCAUUUAUUAUACCAUGUUUUAAAUACCCAUUUUUGAGCGCAUGCAAAAACAUGCUCUUUUCAUGCAUGUGUCUUUAAAUGCAAAAGAGCUGCUGAUCCCUGCCCCCUAUCCAGAAUAGUGCUUCCUUCAUUCACAGCUCCUGCAUGCAUCGGAUACUCUUGCCAAAUACCAACAAGACAUCUGCUUGGUUUUGAUUAUCCAUUUCAGGAUCAUGCUCAGGGACAUUGCAGUUCUUCUUCAUCAUAAAAGUUUAUUAUCUGCAUGUGUUUGAAAGCUUUAUUAGAUUAAACUUCUAAUCUAUCAUUUUCUGAGCACACACAUCUGAAGCACGCUCACAGAAAGCUGGCUGUCAGACGGCAUAUCUCGGUGAACUGAGACCAAACUAGAUGUUUAAUCUGCACUCACCAUCAGCAAUUAUGAUGGCCGUCAUCUGGCCAAAGGGGAUAAAUGAGAACUUUCCCCAUGAUGAGACCCUGCAAUACCUGCUCAUUUUGUGCACCAAAGUAGCUUUGAACACAUUCGUUUUGUCUUUCUGGAGGCAUAGCAUUCUCAAGUCACUCCUGGGGCUCUGCAGUGCCUCUAUGUACGUGGCAGAUGUGCUGUUGGUCUGUGCAGUCUCCAGUGCAUGGCUCUUCAAAGAACACAUUCCCACCUCUACCUCGAUGUGCUUCAUCCUGGCUCAUGGAUCGGCUGUCUACUCCCUGCUUCCUCUACCCAUACUCAUCGCUGGGGCAUUUGACUACGCUAGCUACCCAAACCUAGACAUUACCCGUAGCUCUUGGAGAAGGGUUGUUAGUUACUGUAUUAUGAUUGUGCUUAUGUGGGCAUCAGCAUUCGUUUACACCUACCACUACACAGACACACAACCUAUAGAGAUUUACAAAGACAAUUUGAGAGUAAUAGUGUGUCGUGUUCACGAAUCUACCGUAGUGUUUCAAUUUAGUAUGCAGAUAUCUAUUGCGGUGGGUCUCAUACUUCUGCUUUAUUUUAAGAAACUGAUUGGUUGGCUCAGUAGAGCCAAUAAUUUGGCAGAACUGAGAAGCACAGCGUUUGUUCCUGAUCAAGACUUCCCUUAUAGUCAAUUUGGGGAAUGUGAAAAAUCGGAAAUUCAAGAAAGUUCCCCUCCGUUCUUUGUCAGUCUGACUCUAGGUUUUGCUGUGAACUGGGCGCCCUACCUGUUGAUGUGUUUGACAUGUGCCAUGGUGGGUUUUGUGGUGCCAGCAUAUGCCAGUGUCAAUCUUCUGUGGAUGGCCUGUGCCAACAGUGUUCUGGUUGGCAUUGCCUUUUGGUUCAGAAGUGACAGGACUGGACCUUACAGCAAAUUCCCAGAUGACACUUGUUUUUGGAACAUCUACUGGCAGUUGAGCAAAGGAAUAUUACCAACUGUGGACACAAAGCUGCCUACGAAAUUAUACAUAAUGGUUCACAAGCCCACUAUGCAUUUUCAAGAGGUAUAGUCUAAAAUGUUCCACAGCUGGCAUGAUACUCUCCUGCAAACAUACAUGUUAUGAUUAAGUUCAAAUAUCUCUGUUCCAAAGUCACAAUGAAAUGGUUGUAGCAACAGAUUUUUCUUUCAUAUUGUGAAGUAUAUCUGAAUAUUUUAUCUGACAAAAAAAAAAAAAAAAAAAAAAAUUGCAGGGACUUCCUUCUAUCCAUCAGUUGUUGAAUGGAUUUUGAAAUGUGGCCAUUGCACUAAAAAAUGAAUGUGAGCUUGAAUGAAUGAGAGCUUAAAAAUUAAACAUUUACAUGAAUAAGUCCUUCACAGUACGAUUUAUAACAUGCACUUAUAAAAUAGAUUAAAGCAGCAUAAUUGUGCAAUUUUCUAAGACACUUCAUUUAAAAUUCCAAUUUUAAGCCAGUAUCACAUGUAUAUUCCACAAAGGAUGUGAUCCCAGAAUGCAUUGCAACAAGCUAAAUGAAAAAAAUAAACAUCCAAUAUGACAAAUGUCAAAAGAAAUGUUUAAUAUACUUGAAUUUCAUUUCAUAUAAAAAGUAAUCAAUGAACAUUUGACUAUUUUUAAUAUUUGUGUGUCAUGCAUGUUUGUAACUAUCAUACCGUCUACUCCGAGUCCGGACAUGAGCGGCAUGGUGAAAUGAGUCAAAAGCACUAAUGUAUACUCCUCACGCUUGCCCUACUUUGGACACAAAGUAUUGGAUUUGCAACGGUCGCUUUGAUGCGUCCAGUGUAGAUACAGUAGCUGCUUUUAGAUGGAUUCUAAUAAUCUGAUUGAAAUCGGAUUAGUUGCACAGUCGGAAUAAAAAAAGUCACAUGUAACAAUGUAAAUCGGAAUGAAUUGGCCAAAUCCAUUUAAAAUUUCAUUCAGAUUGUAAGGGGUGGUUUAAACCACUUGAUCGGAUUGAAACCCGAAACUUGAAAGUACUGCGCAUGUGCAAUGACGUAGAACUGGCGUAAUGACGUAUGAUGUGUGGAACGAGCUGCUGUUGUUGUAUGAAGUGUCAUAAAUGACUGUCAUGUCAUUCUAAAAUUUUCCUUCCACUCAUCAUCUGUGAAGUGGAGCAGUACAGCAUCCCACCAGUCCUUGUUUCAGACUCUUAUCCACAGAUGCCUUGUUUUGGGCAUGGGAAGUGGUGUUUUUACUGCUUGAUAAAUAUAAGCAGCACGACACAACGGUUCAAGGUCUGAAAACAGACGCAGAGGAUGCUUUUUUUUUUUUUUUUUUUUUGGAAAGUUGUGUAUUGAUGUAAAGAUUUUUACAGUCAUUUUUAAGUUUUUUUCCCCCACAGUAAAAUAAUAUUGUUUUAUAUGCAUAUUAACAACGAUGAAAGAUCCACACACGAGAAUACAGUCAAAAAAGUUUGGAGCUUUUUUGACUAUAUUCUCAUGUGCAGAUCUUUCAUCGCUGUGAUCUUGGAUUUAUUUUUUGGAUUUACGCACCACCAGAAACUGUAAUAGUAUUGUUUUUUGUACUGUGAUCUGGCGCUACGCUUUUCCGUCUUUUUUAUAUGCAUAUUGUUUACAUUUGUGUCUAUACUUUUUAAACAGUAAGUAUUUUAAAGUUAACUGAUUGGCCCUAUUCACUUCCACUGUAUCUGCCUUACUGUAACCCAGACUUCUUUGUUUUUGUUUGUUUUUUUAAAGAAAAGCAGCAUCAAGUAAAAAUUCAUUUUUGUGAUGAUCCUUAUUAGUGACUGAUUGACAUCAACUUGUACUACUGAAACCACAAUUUUCCUUUAGUAUAUUAUUGCCGGUACCGGUAGUUACACAUUAACUUUGAAAAGAAACAUUAACUACUCUUUUGUAGACAAAAAGAGUACAUGAUUAUUGCUAAUUCAGAUGAAUGUAGCCUACUGCAAAAAGUAAAAGUGACUGUUACAGUAAGGAGAAUCUAAUAGGAAACAUUGUGAGACCCUUUCACAGACAUUCCAAGAAAUCUACAGAAAAGUCAUUCAGUAACCUUACUGGAAUUUCUUCCAGUAAGGUUACUGAGGUUAUUUCUGCCAGAGCUUACACAUAUUCUGCGCCUGUAUUUACACACAUCCCAGACAGUCCUGUCACUGAAAAACCCACUCAUUCAUUUUUUGUUGCCCUUUCAUAAACAAUUGUAUUGCAUGGUUCUGCCAAGCUUGGGGAAUGCCCUACAAGUCAGGUCCAAUUUCACUUAAGCAGAAGGCUCCCGGGAAUUUUACAGAAUUAGGCUAAAGCUUUGUGAGAAUGGAGCUAUGAAAAGUAAAAUGAGACUUACAAAAACACAGAUAAAAUAAAGCAUCUUUAUAGUAACAAGAAUUUUGGGGGGGGGGGGGGGGGGGGAAUGCUUAAUUCUGAUGAGUCUUAAUCAAAAAUAUAUAAUCAUUCAUCCUAAAAUUAGCUUCAUUUUAUUGAUACAAAAUGUGUGUAAAAAAAAAAAUGAUUCUGAAUUAAAUCUAUCCUCACGAUAAGAUUCACCCAAAGUCACUAAGAACUUCUCAAGAGUGUUGCUUUACAUGCAGUUUCAGGUGUACAAACACAAAAGAACAUUAAACCACUGCCUAUAGCAAGUUAAGACGACAAACACCAAAUACAACAGGAUAAAUUCGAUAAGCAACAUUCAAACCCUUAGUGUUUUUAAUCUGUUGCCAUGUCUCCCUUAAAGGGUUUUCCAUUAUAUUGUAUGCAAGGCCACAAAACUAAACACAGCAUCCCACUAAGUCACUACAAUAUUAAUUUAUUACCAAAAAUCACCAAUACGAUUGCUUAAAUAAUAUCUGAAACAAGCCUUAACUGCAAGUCUUAGACCUCACUGACAAGCAUAAGCUAUUGUAUGUCAAUCAAACUAUUACUGUACCAAUUUAAUUGGACCAACAUAAUUACGGUUCAUUUUUACAAUACUGUUGUGUUUGUGUGCGCAAUCAAAAUUAUUCAACCCCACAGAGUCUUUACAAAUGUAAGCUUUUCUAAGUACCCAGGGUUAACACUUUAGUGGCAUAUUAGCCUAAAAGUGAUAAUGUCAAUAUAUAACGUAAUUUUUUUUUUAGUUACUCAUAAUACAGUUAUAAUUAUUCAACCCCUUUUCAACACUGCUGUUUUUACAUUAGUUACUAGUAUGGUAGGGUAAAAAAUUGUGUUAAAACAAUUUGAAAGCUUAUGAAAACUCUAUAACGCUUUAGUUGUGGCGAUUUUGAAUAAAACGUUAGCAAGCGUUACAAUUAGACAUGUUGACAAUACAGCAGUGAUAACCGUAUUAGGAGAAGAAAAUGAUCCGACCACAUGAUGGCGCCGGCGCGCCUGAUUAACCGCUAUCAUGUGAUGCUCUAUGAACGUAGAACACGUCACUAUUCUUAAGCGGCUGUUCAUUCAGAAAUGCGUUAUUGCGUUAUAACAGUGAGACGCAGGCAGUGGAAUGAGGAAAAAAGGCAAAGUUAUUAAACGUUUUUUUUUUUUUUUUUAACUUGACCGCCGUGUUCUUAGAAUACCGUUUCAUGGGUGAGACGCUGCAAAAGAUGCGAGACACGAGUAAAACACCCAAUAGCGCAAUGGAAUGCAAAAACAUGUAAAUCUGUUUGAUAUUUCAUGUUUGCAUAAUGGUGACAGGCUGAAAGCUGCUGUUGUUUUCUGUUUUUACAAAGCAUUUGCUAUAAAUAAUAGCCUAUUACUGGUGUUAUUUAUUGCUAUUACUUUUUGGCUAAGAAAUAUUUAGCAUUUUCUUAUUUUAUAUUAUUUCUGAGUAUAUAGGAUGUGUUUAAGAUAAAUUUGUAUAUUAAUAUUUCAGGCAUAUUUUCUGCAAAGAUAUUUAACAAAUUGUUUUACAUUUACACCAUGUUGAUCACUUCAUGUGUGCUGCACUUGGAAUGGAACUUUUUUUUUAGCCAGAUUGUUAAUAAAGAGAACGUUACUUAAAUCAUAUUGUAGUUAAAGUCCCCGUGAACCGGAAGUUGCAAACGACUUUUCUCCAGUGUUGUGACAUAUUUCCAAGUGAAACGGAAUAUUGAAUAGAGGGCAGGGUUUUACUUUAGCGCUCCUCCUCUCCAUCGCUCGCUCAAGGCAGACUAACGGAUGGAGGGGAGUGGUUUAAGCGUUUUCAACCGAAGCCGUCAAACUGACGUCAUCAGAGAAGGAACGCCAUUCCAGACCGGAAGCAACUUUUCAGUUUUUGAUUAAAGAUUACAACGACAAAAAAAUAAUUGUCCAGCACAAGACUAGUCUUAUGCACUAACAAAGUAAAUAGGGUCAAUUUUGAUUUCAUGACGACUAAGUUGGCUAGUUAAACAGUAAAAAAAAAAAAAAAAAAAAAAAAAAAAAAAAGAAAUCGAAAUCAGUCAAUCGUUCUGAAAAAAAAAAAAAAUCGAGAUUUUAUUUUUUUGCCAUAUCGCCCAGCCCUGCAUAAAGGUUAUGGCUAUAAGAACAUUCCAAAGACAUUCCAUUUUUAUAAAGCAACACCCACAGUUAAAGUUACAGCGGAGGCAUGUCUCCUCUCCCCUCAAUGACUUAUAACUAAAGACUAUAGAACUUUGCUAACUGCCAGUCGGCCUACAAAGUGGCAUCAUACCUGCACCACUCUAUUGUGAAUGAAUGGGGGAAAGUCACGUAAGAGGAGGCAAUGCCUCAUCGCGCUAUGUUUGUAAAGAUUGGAUAUCAUUGGUUAGUGCAAUAAAUUCUGCCUCGUAUUUGUGCACGUUCUGCAUUUGCAAAUCGGCCUGAACGAAGACAAUGGGAAGACUAAUUAAAAAGUAAACAAACAACUCAGCCACUUAGAUAUCACUGCUUUAUGUCACGUCAAAAUCAAACUUGAAAUGACUGCUGAAAAUAAGUCGACUAUUAAAAAGAAAAGCUGAACAUUAGUUCACAAAUAAUAUACAUUGUUUAAAUUGUUACUGCCUUUAGUUAUUAUUUUGGAAUAAAUGUAAAAAUGCAUAAAAACGUUAACUUGAGAUGUAUACUUGGUUUUAAUAAAUAGAACAUUACAUAGUGUAAAAAUACAAAAUAAAAUUUUAUUUGGUCUCUUCUCUUGUGUAACAGGGACAUAAAUUUACAUGUGAUAUAUAAAAAUCGAGGACUUUGCCUCCUCAUUUGAAAAAACUACCGCACACCACCAUUUGAUACCAUAGCAAACCUUCCAGGGUAUUGAAGAAAAAGCACAAUUUUAUCAAAGGGAAUACAAUGUUUGAUCAGAGCAGCUGAGAAAAACCCACAAUUUACUGCCAAAGACUUGCUAGAUUACCUGAUUAAAAAAAAAAUAAAAAAUAAAAA